AUGUGUUCCUCGCGAGUGACACGUGAAAAAUUUCUUCGUGAGACACACGCAGCAACGGAUACUGAAGUGGCCUAUCUAGAUUCUGUUUACCAAUUGAGACAUGAACGACGUGAAGAUACAAGAUCAUAUUGGCAACCAUCCGAAAUACUUGAUUCAUGGCUAUUUCAAGGCACUUGGGAACAAGCAAAUGAUUCAGUACUACUUAAUCGACUCGCAAUUACUCAUAUCGUUAAUGUUACUGAUAAGAAACUUCAUGAGUCAUCACGUCAAGUACUUCAUAUUCGGAGAUAG